AUGAUGGCCGAUACAACAACAACAACAGACUCGAAUACCAGCAUCACUGCUGUCGUUGAUUCAAACGACAACAACAACCCUGCUGUUGAUGAGCAACAACCCUCUGAUGUUAAUGAGAGACAGAUGGGAAGACUUAGAAUAGAUCCAUAUGGAACGUCAAACGACGAUGAAGAGGUAGAGCAAGAGGAAGAAGAAGAAGAAGAAGUUGUACAGCCAGUAUAUGAAAUAUCAGCCACUGAUCACAUCAACAAAUCGUUAUUGGAGAGAUUCAGAGAGAGGAUAGAGGCAGGUGAAUUCAAAAAUCAUCAAGAUGAUGGUGAUGAGAAUGAUGAAGAGUGGCAA